CAUUCCAGCCGUUCCCCGCUGUCCUCACUCGCGGAUCUGGAGGGGAAGUUGGGGAAAAUGGACAGGGUCGUGUUGGGGUGGACGGCGGUCUUCUGGCUGACAGCCUUGGUCGAAGGACUUCAGGUCACAGUGCCUGACAAGAAGAAGGUGGCCAUGCUCUUCCAGCCCACUGUGCUUCGCUGCCACUUCUCCACGUCCUCUCAUCAGCCUGCAGUUGUGCAGUGGAAGUUCAAGUCCUAUUGCCAGGAUCGCAUGGGGGAGUCCUUGGGUAUGGCCUCUACCCGGGCCCAGUCUCUUAGCAAGAGAAACCUGGAGUGGGACCCCUACUUGGAUUGCUUAGACAGCAGAAGGACUGUUCGAGUGGUAGCUUCAAAACAAGGCUCAGCCGUCACCCUGGGAGAUUUCUACAGGGGCAGAGAGAUCACCAUUGUUCAUGAUGCAGAUCUUCAAAUUGGAAAGCUUAUGUGGGGAGACAGUGGACUCUAUUACUGCAUUAUCACCACCCCAGAUGACCUGGAGGGCAAAAAUGAGGCUUCGGUGGAACUACUAGUGUUGGGCAGGACAGGGCUGCUUGCUGAUCUCUUGCCCAGUUUUGCUGUGGAGAUUAUGCCAGAGUGGGUGUUUGUCGGCCUGGUUCUCCUGGGAGUCUUCCUCUUCUUCGUCCUGGUGGGGAUCUGUUGGUGCCAGUGCUGCCCUCAUAGCUGCUGCUGCUACGUCCGCUGCCCGUGCUGCCCAGAUUCCUGCUGCUGCCCUCAGGCCUUGUAUGAAGCAGGGAAAGCAGCAAAGGCCGGGUACCCUCCCUCUGUCUCCGGUGUCCCCGGCCCUUACUCCAUCCCCUCUGUCCCUUUGGGAGGAGCCCCCUCAUCUGGCAUGCUGAUGGACAAGCCGCAUCCACCUCCCUUGGCACCAAGUGACUCCACUGGAGGAAGCCACAGUGUUCGCAAAGGUUACCGGAUCCAAGCUGACAAAGAGAGAGACUCCAUGAAGGUCCUGUACUAUGUCGAGAAGGAGCUGGCUCAGUUUGAUCCAGCCAGGAGGCUGAGAGGCAGAUAUAACAACACCAUCUCAGAACUCAGCUCCCUGCAUGAAGAGGACAGCAAUUUCCGCCAGUCUUUCCAUCAGAUGCGAAGCAAGCAAUUCCCUGUGUCUGGGGACUUGGAGAGCAACCCCGACUACUGGUCAGGUGUCGUGGGAGGCAGCAGUGGGGCAAGCCGGGGACCCUCAGCAGUGGAGUAUAACAAAGAGGACCGGGAGAGCUUCAGGCACAGAAUGACUUUCCAACCAGGAUGUCCCUUGUGGUUUGAUGUUUUUGACACCUCUCUGGAAGACCAGAAAUCAGAUGCAGACUAUGGGGACAAAAUACAAAUCCAAGAGCGAGCAGGCCCAAGACUUCCUCUGGCCACCACCUUGGAAGAUUUGCUGAUCUCUGCUUUGGCAAAGGAUGGGAGAUAGCCUUCAAGGGAGGCUGAUUCAGAACCUCUAUGCCCAUCUAACUAAUUUGAGAAAUUUAUCAAGAAACCAAGGACAUGUGAGAACAGUGCCACAAUCAGAGUGUCUCACCUGUCGAAUUUGUCCUGCCCAACCUCCUCCCUCAGCAGAACCAGGACUCCAUUUCCGACUCUGAAAGAGUGUUAGCCCUGGACUGCUCAUCUCCAGAAAUUGCCUAUACCUACAGUAUGCUUUUCUGUACCUCCUGUGCAGUGCUUAGAGACUGAAGAAUUUAUUACUACUAUUAGAAAAAGGCCUUCUGCUGACAAGGGAAGAUAGCUUCCAGGCAAAAUAUACCUUUUAUCCCUAUCACUUCCCAGUCACUAGUCAAUGACUGUUGUCACACUAAAAUCAAAAGGCCUUUGGUGAGCUCAGUGACAGUGACCUCUGGGACAAUCACAGAAAUGACUUCAAUUUGCUGUCCUGAAUGACAAUUCUUGAGUGGCUAGGACAAAACAAAAGAGAGAAUAUCUUUUUGAAAAGCUGUCUAAGUGGUAUUUCUUUCUCCAUUCUGAGAACAUAAAUUGCUUUUUCUCUUUCUGCUGUACAUGUCAAUAUCUGAGUCUUAGACAUGAAGGGCUCAUCUCUCCUUCCCCUCUUCUGGACUUUCCACAGGUUGGUGCCACACACAGAGCCCUGCCUCCCUCUGCACUCUGAUUAGAUUGUCAUCAGGUGCCUUUUGAUAAAUGUUUAAAAUACACUAAUAAAGAGGAAAGGGAGAAAAAGAGAAAGCAGUAAUGUAAAUAGAAAAGAAUAAGAAAGAAUUUAAGAGGAAAAUAGCACAUUCUCUUAUUAUAUUUUGGAUGUGGGUCAUUUUCCUCACAAAUUCCACUCAGUCUUUUCUGGUUUUGUACUUCAUUUACCAUGAAUUGUUUCUGCCAUCUCAGUUCUUCAUUCCAGGACAUCAGGAAUGUGGAAUAUGCAUGUCUUGGCCUGACUAGGCUGCCACUAUAGAUGCUGUUGGGAGACGAGAGACAUUGCUUUCUCAAGAAGGAGAGCUUCCUAUUCCACCCUUGCCUAAGUGAAAGAUUUUGCCUAAAUCCUAAAGCUAGAUUUCUCUGGAUUUUGUAAUUUGUAUAGAUUGCAAAAAUGGCCACAAACCCUUUCUUUUUCAUCAAGAGAUGCAGUCAUUUUUUUCCACCCCUUGAAUCUGAAAGUUGGCCAUUUGAUUUGAUCUGACCUGUGGCCCAAUAGCAAACGUGACGCAAGCAGAGACUUGAAAAGAUUUUGUGCAUGGGGUUUGUCUUCUCUUGCUGCUCUUGGGAACCUUGCAACCACCACCAGGUGAAGAGCCUGUACUAUCUUGCUGCAUGAUUAAAGAAAAGACCCCAAUUAUCCCUAUUACCCUCUCUGUUAGCCUAUCAACUCUCAUCUGAUUGUAAACAUAUGAAUGCGUUCAGCCAAUACCAGUAGAAGAACUGCCUUGCUGAAUCCGGCCCAAAUUUCUGAUUCCUACUCAAGGCAAAAGAAGUUGAUAUACCCAUAUAUUCAUUUCUCUUCAAGGACAAGACUGACUUUUUCUUGUCCAAAUGUUCAUCCCUGAAUCCCUUACCAUUCAAACUUAGCUGUCUCACAGCCUCCACUUCCUUUGGCAGAUUUUAUCUGCACUUUUAUGGUGGACUGCCUGGUUGGGGGUCAAAUCACUGGAGGAUCCUAAUGCUUGAACCUUGCUGCCCCCAAAUCCAGCAUUCAUUCCCUAUAUUUGGAUCCAUGGACACCUUUGAUGGUUUCUUCAUUAUCUCCUUGGUCUUCUCCAGAGCCACCUGACUGGAGCAAGGCCCUAUGCUCAGAAAACCAUUCUGUUUGUAUCCAUUUGUACUUCAUGACAUCGUUCAAAAGAGUCCUAUGUUUGCAAUGAAAUAAAGACGUGACUGGGUAAGGGUCAGAGGGAUGCGCUGGCGUCUUUGCUUGGAGAGUUGGCCUACCGAAGGACUUCACAGUUGCUUUGGCUUGUCUCAGAGGAAUCAGGAGGACAAUUCAACCCAGUGCUGGUACUUCCAAGGGCUGGAAGACACAAGCCAUAACCCUGGUGCUGAGUUUUAUACUUGCUGGCGCCCCUGGCCUCUGAAAGCCUAGGUCUAGUCUGUCUGGACCCCAGUUCAGAUGGAAAAGAUGAUUUUAAAGAGUUAUUUCCUAGUCACCAGCUUUGGAUUUCAACCUGCUUGGGCAGUUUUGGAGAAUAUUGGUUAGCAGCGGAAGCUGUUAUCACUUAUACUGAACACUGUGUCAGGCUUCUCAGCACCAAAGAGCCCCAUAGCACCAGCUGCAGAGACCAGAAGUACUGCCUUUUUAAAGCCACAGGCAUGUAUGACUUUGGUGAAAGUUGAGGGUAGCAGUGGGAAAAUUAUUAAAAUUGGAAACCUGCAAUUCCAAAGUUAACAAAGCUACAGAUAGACUAAAAAUAUGCAAGGAAGAUAGCAGGCGACUGAAAUAACCUGGGGGGUUGGGAUCAGGUUGUCCUCUGUAGGGCUGCAUAAAUCACUCAAACUUCCAGGCUUUUAGUAGAGAGAAAAGGCAGUUGUUCCUGGGUCUAUGGACAGGAGGGAGUAGGUAAGGCUCCCUAUCCUCAGCACCCCUGACUUUUCUCUACAUGUCCCUUUGUUUCUUCCUUGAAUAGUGUGAACUGCAUAGGAAGUGCUUAUACAUGUUAGCUUCUUUCCUAGGUUGUAUUGGGGUACAGAUAAGUCUUGUGUAAGAUGUGGUCUCUGUCCUUUGGGACUCUGCAACUUAAUAGGGGAGAUAAGAUGUGCUCUAGAAGAAAUUAGAUUGUAUACAUAUAAUAUGAAAUAGUGCUAUGGAUAAAUUAUAAUAAACCCAGAGAUUUAGUUUUUUUAAUGUAAAUGUGAAUAUUUUGCUAUUUAAGUGUUGCGUGUGUUUGUUCAUCCCAUUUAAAGAUGUGCUCAGUGAUCUGAAAAGCCAAUAUUCAAGUCUGAACUGAAAAGUGACUUAGGAUGGGGAAAAGAAGGAGGAGCAGCCGGUCAAGAGGGAUGAUGCAUGAGCUGCUUCUUGCUUGUGAGUCACAACUGAGUCAGGGACUUGCUGGAGGAGGGUGUGUGGAUGCAGGUGGCAGGGGGUGUCUCCUGGUGGAUGAACCACUUCUCUAGGCCAUGCAUAGACUCUGUAGGAACUUGGGGGAAAUGGCCACGGACCUGGUGAUAUAUAUCAGCUUUCCACCCAAUCCCCUCGCUGGGGAGUUCACAUCUGCUUCUCCAGGGACUCAGUUCUGUGGCUUUGAGUGUUGCUGUCCGCCUUCACCAAUGCAGGGCAGGUCUCAGGGACGGUGGGCCUCUCAUCACACUACUCACGAUCUUCACUCUGCACUUGGCAUGGGGCUGGGCACAGUGGGGAUGGGAAAAAGCUGCCACCCAAACCCGAGGCACCUAGCCACAGGUAUAAAUAUUUAGGAAUAUUUGGCAAAAUUUCACAUAGGUGAUCUGAUUCGAUCUUAGGCAAUCUUUGAGAGGCUGAAGUAACAGAUGCUAUUGUCAUUCACUGCCUUCCCCCCCAGUUUUGGAACAGAUGGAGAAGCCUCACUACCAUUAGUGAAGUCACAAACCUAGUGGGUCUUUAGACUUCCAACCUGUAAGUCUUUUCUGCUAACUAUUGUUUCCCCCAAAUUGCCUAAUCAUAAGAAUUAGAUUGCUGGAUAAAAAGGUUGUUGGGCCCCACCUUGGAGAUGGAUUGGGUGGAUUUAGAGCCAGGACUCCUACAUUUAAUAUACAUUUCAGAAGAAUCCUGUAAUCAGAUCCAUUUGGAAAGUGUUGCACCUCUAGUGUACCCCCAAACAGCUGAUUCUGAGGCUUCCUUGGGCUUUGGAAUUUUUCUUUAAAUGUCCUGGUGAGAUUCCUCUCACUCCCCUGGGGCUGGCAGUGGUGAGGCACCCAGCAGUCUGGCUGUGACCCUGGUGACUGGCUCACCAGAGUAUGGUAGUAUGGGGCAGAGAAAACUGAAGCAAGAGAAAGGAGUGUUAGGAGCACUCCCCAGGAGCCUGUUGUAGAUGUUUCCAUUCCCAAAAUAGUGGUCUGUUGUGACAAUCUCAGAUCAGACAACAAAAAUGACAGGCAAUUUUCUCAUUCCCUUGAUGCCAUUCUGAGCAAAACUUGGAUUAUGACUAGAAGGAAAAGAGGCCAUUGGAGAAAUGACAAAACGAAAUCAUUUUUGGAAGCACACACAUUAUGAGCCUGGUUGGUCAAUACCACUUUUACUUCAAGACCCAAAGUGAGUGGGAAAGAAUAGUAAAAUCUAUUUUAUAGUAAAAUCAAGUUUAAAUGUUUUUGAACUCUUACAGGCAUUUGAAAUUGCCUGAUAUGAUGUAGAAAUCCAAAUUCACUAUAAUAGCGGCCCAGGUGCUUCAAGUCCUAGACGGUAAAAGUGCCUAGUUUUUUCCUGUCAGGAUCCUAUCUCCUAGUCACCUGGGAAACUGAUCAAUGAAGCUCGAAGUGAAGGACUUAACAUCAGAUUGGAGCAAGGAUAAAGUUAAGUUACUUUAAGCAGUGGUCUAAGCUUUAGCACUGCUUGAGGGUGAUAUGAUAAGGUUAAACUAAUACCUAUUUUUAUUUUUAUGGUAUAUUACUGUUUACAGACCACUUUCUCAUGCACUAUCUCAUUUGAUCCCAACAUCAAACCCUGGGAUAAAGGCAAGGCGGAUGUUGUGGUCAAUUAUAUGCAAUGUAAAACAGGUUGAAAAAAACUUAAGUGAUUUACAGUCAAAGGGCUUUUUAAAUUAUAGAACCAGGCCACUGAUUGUCUAGGGUUCUUUCUGAUUCCUGCAACACCCAUGGGACUGGCAUCUAACUUAUUCUCUUCACAACCAAACAUCUGGUGAGAUGAGUCCUAGACUCAGUGCUGGCUCAUAUAUUGUCGAUGGGUGAUGCUAUGAAGACAAACACUGUUGCUGCUCCAUCCAGCCAAGCACCAUUCCUCAAAUGCUGUUCUAAAUGGAGUUGGCUUCACUCAAGGAGUUUCAUUUCCAUUAGUCAUACUGUGAGUGGAAAAGGCUGUGAUAAAUAUGCACUUCAGCUUUUGGGGGGAAGCCUUCUUGAAGAUGGAUUUCUAAAUCCAACUACGGAUUUAUCGUGGACUCAGAAUCCCAGGAUUGGGAGCAGGAGCUGGUUAGGAACAAAAUAUCUGGCAUCUCCACUGCAUUUUGAGAUGUUUAGGUAGAAACAAGAGUGGACCAGAUAUAUAUAGAGAAAAGGAA